CGCAACUUGCGUUUCCAUGGAGUUCUCUCAUUCACAUCCUUCCAUGGCGUGUCAAGUAUACGAAUACCCUUCAGCUAGCUAAAACCUUCAAUUUUUCUCUGAACACAUUAGCCGCCUCCUCCCAGCAGCACAUCCUCAGCACAUGCCGCGAUGCAUGCGUGCUCCUAGGUCUUAGCUCCUCUCUGCCACCUCUGCUUGGCACAGCCACAUACUCUCUCUGCGGCCACCGGCCAUGGCUCCCCUCCACGUAGUCCUGGCUGGGCUCGUCUUCUUCUCCUCGCUGCACACCGCCGCCCCAUGCUCCACCGCAACCGCAACUGGCGACACGCUCGCGGCAGGCCGGGCGCUCGCCGCCGGUAACAAGCUCGUCUCGAGGAACGGCAAGUUCGCGCUCGGCUUCUUCCGGUUCCGGCAAAGCAUAGCCGCCGCCGCCGGCACCGCCGGUAACUCCACCGGCGGAACCACCACCACCGUCUCCUCCUCCCCCGGCUGGUAUCUCGGGAUAUGGUUCAACAAGAUCCCGGUCUGCACCACCGUCUGGAUCGCUAACCGGGAGAGGCCAAUCGCCGAGUCCGAGCUCAACACGACGCAGCUCAGGAUCUCGACAGAUGGCAACCUCGUCAUCGUCUCCUCGAACACCACCACUGAGUCCAAGCUAUGGUCCACUGAAGUUGUCAACAGCACAGACAGUGUCAGCGCCCUUCUCAACAGCACCGGGAACCUUGCCCUCCUACCAGAAACCCCAUCCAACGGAGCGCCGCUGUGGCAGAGCUUCGACUACCCGACGGAUGUCGGGCUCCCUACAGCAAAGAUCGGCCGGAACAAGCUCACCGGCUUCAACCGGUCCUUCGUCUCGAAGAAGAGCCUGAUCGACCCGGGGUUCGGCUCGUACUCCAUUGACGUCGGCAUCGACGGGGCGAUGCGCCUGACAAGUCGCAGCUCCCCUCCCGUGGUGUACUGGCCUUGGCCGGCCGGAAGGUUAGCAGAGCUCGUGCAGGCACUCGAUGGGCUGAUGGACUCGGAUCCACGGACCAAGGGUUUGCUGAAGCCCACGUUCAAGGAUGACGAUGAGGAGGUGUACUUCUCCUACACCAUCACGGACGACUCGGCUUCCGUGUUCGUCCCGAUAGACAUCUCCGGUCAGCUCAAGCUGAAUGUUUGGUCGAAGGCCAAAGAAUCUUGGGAGACUGUGUACGCCCAGCCUUCUGAUUUCUGCAUAGCGCACGGUGUCUGUGGACCUUUCACGGUUUGCAACGGCAAUUCAGCCCCGUUGUUCUGCGACUGCCUGGAGACCUUCUCCCGGAAAUCGCCUCGGGAUUGGGAUCUCGGUGAUCGAACGGGAGGGUGUGCAAGAAACACUCCCUUAGAUUGCAGCAACAGAAGCAAGACAGGCUCGACAGAUGUGUUUCACCCUGUAUCUCGUGUCAAGCUGCCCUUCAAUGCCCAGAGCAUAGAGGAUGCUACCACGCCAAGCAACUGCGCUGGAGCCUGCCUCAAUGACUGCUCCUGCACCGCUUACUCCUAUAGCAAUAGCAAAUGCUCUGUCUGGCACGGGGAAUUGCUUGAUGUAAGUAUGGACGAUGGCAUUGGCAUUACUGGUCAAGAUGUCCUCUACCUUCGCCUGGCCGCAAGAGAUUUUCAGAGCUUGGAGAAGAAGAAGAAGAAGAAACAAAGACCAGGAGCUAUUGUUGCUGCAACUGCAAGCAUUGUUAGUUUUGGGUUAAUGGUGCUCAUACUGUUGGUGGUGGUUUGGAGGAAGAGAUUCAAAUGGUUCAAUGUGCCGCUACACGACACUCGAGGUAGUGGUGGAAUUAUAGCCUUCAGAUACAUUGAUUUGGUCCGUGCUACUAAGAAUUUCUCAGAAAGGCUAGGAGGCGGUGGUUUUGGUUCUGUAUUCAAGGGAGUGUUAAACGAGUCAACUACUAUUGCAGCGAAAAGGCUUGAUGGUGCCCGCCAGGGAGAGAAGCAAUUCAGAGCUGAGGUGAGCUCAAUCGGGUUAAUCCAACAUAUCAACCUAGUGAAACUGAUUGGCUUCUGCUGUGAAGGUGACAACAGGCUACUUGUGUAUGAGCACAUGUCAAAUGGGUCUCUUGAUGCCCAUCUAUUUCAGAGCAAUGCAACCAUCCUGAACUGGAGCACAAGGUAUCAAAUAGCCAUAGGAGUUGCUAGAGGAUUAUGCUACUUGCAUCAGAGUUGCCGCGAAUGCAUCAUACACUGUGAUAUUAAGCCAGAAAACAUACUUCUCGAUGCAUCAUUUGCUCCUAAAAUUGCAGACUUUGGGAUGGCUGCAUUUGUAGGAAGGGAUUUUAGCCGAGUCAUGACUACAUUCCGAGGAACCGCAGGGUAUCUUGCCCCGGAGUGGCUUAGCGGAGUUGCUAUUACACCGAAAGUUGAUGUUUACAGUUUUGGCCGUCAGCAAGCUUCGUGAGGGAGAUCUGCAGAGUUUGGUGGAUCCACAAUUACAUGGUGACUUCGAUUUUGAAGAGGCUGAAAGGGUUUGCAAAGUUGCAUUUUGGUGUAUCCAAGAUAAUGAAUGUGAUCGGCCGACAAUGGGUGAAGUAGUUCGUGUUCUUGAGGGUC